AUGUCUGCUUCCAAAGCAUUCAAGAUUACUAGUAUUACGUCAUGGCGGCGCCCCAUUCUUUGGACCACUGCCAUUAUUGCCAUUCUCGCCUACUGGGACGAGCGAGCCCUGAAUGGAGUCUUUAUCUACGAUGAUGUCGCCAGUAUCACCAACAACGAUGUGGUUAUGUUAAAAGUCCCAUGGUAUGAAGCCUUCACCCGCGACUUCUGGGGACAGCAUAUGGUCCACCCCGCUUCCCACAAAAGCUACCGCCCUAUUACCACACUGACUCUCACAUGGAACAUGAUUUUGUCCUACGUUAUUGGGACUGCUGGAGCUCCAGAUCACACCUACUAUUUUCAUGUCGUAAACGUCGUCUUGCAUGGCAUCAACACUGGGCUAAUCGCCGAAGCAGCUGCGAUUGUCCUAGGCGACGGCAGUCUAGCCCCAUCAAUUAUUGCUGGAGUUCUGUUUGGAAUCCACCCUGUACACGCAGAAGCUGUGUCGAACAUCACCAGUCGAGGAGAACUGUUGAUGACACUCUUCUUCUUGUUGGCAUUCUUGUUCUACGUUAAUCAUAUUCCGAGGCCGCCAACCACGCAAACGGCAACAAUCAGCAAAGAUAAGGACGACAACAAUGCCAAAGAGAAGAGUCCAAACAAGACCAGCAAAAAAAGCAACAAGGCAAUCAAAGCUGUGCAGGCUGAACCUGCCAAAAGCACCUGGGAUAAAGUGAAUGCUGCAUGGAACUUCGUUUGUGUCUACGUCUUGCCGUUCUUAUUCAUGGCACUGUCCCUCUUCUCCAAAGAACAAGGUGUUACUACCCUCUGUUCUCUCGUGGCCUUUGAUUUCAUCCGAAACCAUGACUCUGUACAAUCCUUCCUUUCCAACAUGCGAGAAGGAGAAGCGUACUCCUGGAACUUUGUCAAGAGGACUGUGGUGUUGGCCCUUCAAACCAUCUCCAUGGCUGCAUUGAGAUAUUGGUUGAACGGCGAAUCCUCUCCUGACUUUGUCCACGAACAGAACCCUCCUGGUUUCAGUGAGGAUCGCUUCACACGCAUUUUCAGUGUUAAUUGGGUUUACGUCCUGUACCUUCGAGACAUGGUGUUCCCGGCCUACCUGGCACCUGACUGGAGUGGAUUGGGAAUCCCAUUGAUUGAAUCCAUGUCGGACAACCGUGCAUGGCUUGUCAUUCUUCUUUGGGCAAUUUCUUUGGGAAGCGUCUACAGCCUUUUGGUGGGCUCUUCCCCAAAGGCAUCGAAGCAAAGCAAAGAGAUCCGACAAGUGGGAUUGAUUGCCUUUUAUGCUUUCCUCUUCCUUCCCUUUCUCCUCUCUUCCAAUCUGCUGGUAACCACUGGGCUUUGCAAAGCUGAUCGUGUCAUCUAUCUGCCCCUGUUUGGUUACUGCUUGAUUCAAGGAUUGAUUUUCAAACUUUUGUCAAGUGCAUUCAGGCCAAAAGAUGAUGGCGAAGAAAGUGUUGGUCUCAUGGUUCUGUACACAUUCUUUGCGAUUCAGUUUUCGUUCUUUGGUCUCAAAGUCCACGAACGGAACCUGGCAUGGGCUGACGAAUACACAUUGUGGACGAGGGCUGCCCAAGUGAAUCCUCGAUCGCUUCACACUUUGUCAAAUGCAGGUAAAGUGUUGGCCAAGAACGAUGAAUACGUCGAAGCUGAGCGACUCCUCCGGCCCUGUGGGGAUGUGAGAACGAAUAAUGGAAACCCCAAUGAUACAUUCCUCUACACUGUGGCAUUAGCCAAAUUGGAUCGCUGCGAAGAAUCGUUCCGCCUCAUUGAUGAUGCUAUCGAAUUCAUCCACGAGGAACGAGAAAAGGGUGGCAUCCGGUAUGAUGCCAAGAUGUCAUUUCAUGCCCAGAGUAGCUUGAUUGUCUCCCGUGCUUUUUGCACGGAAGAUAUCUUCGAAAAGGGACGCAUCAUGCAGCAGGCACUGACAAUUGAUCCAAAUAAUGACUUUGCACAGCACCAGUACAAGAACUACCUGGAAACUCUGCAUCGCAUGCACCAGCAAAUGCAAAUGGGGAAUCCUCAGUUGGAGCAACAAAUCAGCAUGGCCAGGCAAGAAAUGCAACGGCGUGGGAUGAGCGAAGAGGCAAUUACAAUGGCCAUACAAGAGAAGCUCAAUGACCAACAAAAGUUGAUGGAACAGAUGCAAGAGCAACAGCAAAGGGGCAAGCCCCAAGGCCAAGCGGAAAUGCUGGCGAUGCAGCAAGAAAUGAUGCGACGAUCGAAGGAACGGCAAGAGCAAAAACCAAAGCAACAGCAGCGUCAACGGGAAAAGAAGCCACAACCUAGGCACACCCAAGGAAAGGACAUACCUCAAAAUCUAGGAACCCCUACUCAAGCCGAGAAGAUGCCUCCCAACCUAGCAAUGCCGCCAAUUGAGGAGUUUGACAAUGGAGAGCUGGACGGUAUGUUUUUCAAGGAAGAGCCACUUGAGGUGAAGGAAGAACAAGUAAAAGAAGAACCAGUGAAGAAGCCUCGUCCACGAACUUCGCAUGGCUUCAAGGUGCCACAGCAAAAGAAACCCAACGAACCAAAAAAGGCUCAGAAGGAAAUGCCAAAGGAAGGAAAAGCAACCAAGGUACCAAAGGAAACAGCAAAGGAUAGGGAAACACCAGCACCGAAAGAGCCUCAAGUUCACGCACCACCAGAUAUCAUCAACCCGGCUACUCUUACUCGUGCUUACGACAAGAGGUACGAAUAUAACCUCGGAUUGCCACCGAUUGAAGAGUUUGAGAAUGGUGGGUUCGAGAGAAUGUUUCUCAAAAAGUAA